GUGAAAUACUCCAACCCGUUACUGUGAUAUUAUCCUUGCCUCCCCUGAUCCUUUGAUCCUGUCACUCGCUAUAAUUCUUCACUGAUCAUGGACUCCCAACCCACCAUCGCCAGCACCCUAAGCAGCGCUAAUCCCCCCAUGGCUCUGGAAGACCCAAUUCCACUAGCAGACUUUGGACAACCCUACCAACACAACCCCGGUAACUCCAUCGUGGAGAUUCAGCCCCGUCAACGCCCCAAAGCCAAAUUCAACAAAGUCAAACCAAUCGUCCAGUCAUACAUCCCCGGCACCGAGAAAUAGGACAGGCUGGUGGACGGGAUAGAGUUCGUCACACUUGCAUCUGGGUAUGCUCUCGUGGCUGCUACCUUGAAAGUGUUUGGAGACCGUUCACAGGUUGGAAACCAUCUGGAUGACCCGGUUGGGUUGCUGAUUUGGGGAUUGCUCUUUGGUUUCGCAACGAUUGUCUUCCUGGGCUUUCAUGAGCUGGUCAACAUCGAUGCGGCAGUCGGCAGAGACGGCAAGCCCGGGGCUCGGCGGGCCAGGAUGACCGGGAAGCAGUUGAGAUUCAUACUGGCUGUUCGGUGUGUGCUGCUCCUCGUUGCGGCCUUCAUGGUUCAAGUCCGUGGACCGUUCUGGUGGACGCCGAGCAUGGGAAGAGCAGAGAGGGAUGGUCGAACCUUGAUCGAUGAGGGCCUGUCUGUUACGAGUCGCAAGUGGUUCAGGCUGGCAUAUGCGAUUGUGUGGUUCAUGAUGAUUGGGUGGUUGUCGUUGGUGGUGGACGGGAUGCACCGACUCGGGUUAACUACCCGGUUCCCUCGCUGGUGGAAGUAGCCUCGACUAUAUCGAUGCCCAAGUAUAGGUUCAUGGUAUACCUAUAGAAAUAGUUUAUUCCGCCCUCGUCGCACAUGAUACCACCUACCACUUGAUGUCGUUGCUGUUUCUCUUGUUGUUGUGGUAGGGCUGAACUUGCAGGGAUCAUGCGCAGGCUAAUGGCGGGGUACCUGCGCCACCCCGCAUUUCGGACUUGACGGCGCGGAAGCCCACGCGCUGUGUGCCAGGCUUGGGCCACGGUCUGCGACGUCACUCCAUCCCCACCAACCAUGGCACUGACUCUCUCCACGAUCAUUAAGUCACCACAGCUGCCCACGCCCAAAGCGCGAGCUGAACAUAUCGACCCCUCCAUCCGCCUCCGCCGAGCAAUCCGCUCCAAUGACCACCUCCUCGUCGCCCGCAUCCUCAAAUCCCACCCUCACCUCCUCCACAACCCCGACCCAGACGAACGCUUCGGCCUGUCCAACUCCAACCUCCACCUCGCCGCCUCAUUGGGCCAUCUACAAAUAUGUCGAUUGCUGAUAUCCCUCGGCCACGAACGAACCAGAACAGCCGAUAACAACCCCACCAAUGACGACGAUAACAUCACACCAUCACUGAAUGACAACCAUCAGACACCACUCAUGCUCGCUUCUGCCGCCGGCCACACAGAAGUAGUCCACUGCCUAUGCGAAUUCCACCCAGCGGGUAUCGUCAGGCAGGAUAUACGAGGGCGGGACGCAAUCAUGGAAGCUUCACUACAUGGGCACGACACAGUUGUUCAGUUGCUGCUAACGUACGCGCCUGGUGGAGCGGAGAGUGCGUUGAGAAACGCUGAUUUGGAUGGGAAUACCGCGUUGCAUUUUGCGAGUAGUAAUGGGAAUUUGUUGGUAUUGAGGACGUUACUGGCGGCGGGGGCGGAUCCGAGAACGACCAAUGUUUGGUUGUGGACGGCCGAGGCGUACAGUGCUACUGUGCAGGCGGAGGUGUAUCUGAAGGGGUUGGUGGUGGAGGUGGAGAGGAGGAGGGGGUUGAGGGCACAGGAGACGACACCACAACAAGAAAGUCCCAAGAGGAUUAGGGAGGGGGUUGGGGUUAUGGAUGCCAGCCCAAAGAAGGAGGUGGUGGUAGGCAAAGGGAGUCCGAGGAAGGGGUUUAGCUUGGGUUUUAUGGGCGGUGGGGUUAGGUUGGUGAGGGACGGGGUUGGGGAUUGAGAGGGUUUCAUGGGGUGUGCUGAUGCUGUGCUUUGACAGUUGAACAUGGCGUGAGAGAUAAGAGUGCGUCGGACCCUUUUUGCUGCCUUUGCCAGAUUCUGGGCGGUAUAUAUCUGUUCGAAUACAUGCAGGGUACAAGGCUACGCUGAUACGAUCUGUUGAUGAGCAAGGGAAUAGGAAUAAUCUGUUCUGGUAUGAUUGUCUGA